UUUUUGGUUUUUUUUGGUGUUGAACAGGUAUGGAUGGCAGAACAGAGAACUGAUGCAGAAAAGAAAAAGCAAGAAGCCUUGAGAUCUGAAUAUGAAAGAGAACAAGAUACUUAUAACAAUAGGCAGCUAAUGGGUGAUGUACGGGUGAAGCAUGGCCUGAAUUUCAUGUACGAACCGCCCAAGGGCAUGAAGCAAGAAGAGAAGGAGGACGGGGAUCAGGAGUACAAGUUUGAAUGGCAGCGUGGGGCUCCUAGAGAAGGCUACGCCAAGGACAUGGAAGUCACCGACCAACCCUUUGGUAUCGCUGUCCGCAACGUCAAGUGUAUCAGAUGCCACAAGUGGGGCCAUGUCAACACUGAUAGAGAGUGCCCAAAGUUUGACCAGACCAAGGAUGAUGAGAUUGCUGGACCCAGCACCGAUAAAUCUGACCUGAUGGAGGAUAUGAGAAGGGGUGGGCUGGCCCUGAAACAGAACGUCCUCGGAAGGAAAGUCAAUGAAGAUGCUAAAAAUCAGAAAUUUGUUGGCAGCAGUGACGAUGAGGAUGAAGAUGUGGAACCAGAAGAAGCUUUCCUCAAAUCUCUCUCCAUGAAAGAUAAAGUGAAACUACUUAAGAAGUUGGAGAAGAUGGAGAAGAAGCAGAAGCGUCUAAAUUCAAAGAGCUCUAAGAAGAAGAAGGACAUGAAGAAGAUAAAGAAAAGAAGAAAGGCAUCGCACUCAUCAGAUGAUAGUGAUAGCUACUCAGAUGAACGAGCGCAGAAAGACAGAAGGAGGGAAAAGGAAAGGCAGCAUGGUGGAAAAUCCAGAAAAGGACAGUAUGCUGAAUCAUCUUCGGAUGAUGAACAUUAUAAGAGAGAUAGAAAGGAGAAAGAACGUAAGCAUAGUGGAAAAUCAAGGAGAGGACAUCACUCUGAAACCUCAUCAGAUGAUGAAGUUGAUAACAGAGACAGAAGGAACAAACAACGAAAGCAUAGUAGAAAAUCAGAAAAAGGACACCAUUCUGAAACCUCUUCAGAUGAUGAUAGUAGUCUGGAUGAACAUGAAAAGAGAGAUAGGAGAAGGAGAAAGGAAAAUGGACACAAUGGAAAAUCGAGGAGAGGACAGUAUGCCGACUCUGAUUCAGAGAGUGAUUCAGGAGAAGAGCGUAGAAAGAAAUCAACCUCAAAGCAUCAUGGUGAAAGACGGACAAUUAAGCUGGAGAGCGAUGGAGAGAGUAGGAAGAGAGAAAGGAAAGAUGAUCGGAGAGAGGAAAGGAAGAUUAAGAGAGAACCAAGAAGUGAUAGCGAGGAGAGAAGACAUAAGAAAAGCAGCGGGAGGGAGGAGAGUGACAGACACAGAGAAAAGAAAAUUAAAGUUGAACGUUCUGAUUCUCCAAGCCGUGAUAGAUAUGAAAGGAAUGGAAAUGAUAAGCGGAUGAAGGAGGAUGACCAGAUGGAUAGAAGACGAAAGAACGAAAGAUCAGUCAGUCAAAGGGAUGACAGACAUAGAGGAAGAGCUUCUAGGGACAAUGAAGAUGUGAAUACUUACAAAGAAAGCAGAAGGGAUAGAGACAGAGAUGGAGGAAAGAGGGAUAGAGAAAAUAGAAGAGAGCACAGAGAAGAAGAUAGGGGUCAUCAUCGCCAUGGUGACCGUGGUGGACGAUGAAGAAUCCCUGGCCUGAAAGGGAAUGGUAUGAUGUUCAAUCCAGUAUGUAGUGAUUAUUUUAGUUCUGUGAACUACUAGUAACAGUUCUGGGGUGUUAUUCUGAAAAUUGUCUUAACUUUUAUUGUAACUUUUCUUGUAAGUCGGCAAGAUAACAGCUCACUAGAAUUCUCUUAAAUUGGUAUUCUGAAAAUUGUCUUUGUAAGGACGUCCCCUAUUUUAUCUCUGACACGCCCAAUAUUUCCUCAUCAAUCAAUCAUUAAGCUUGUUAUAUGCUUAGGUCAACCAAUAGAAGUGUCUCUUCUGAAAAAUAAUGAAGCGCAUAACUGCGCAUUGUUGAUAUGAGGUGUAAUUUCCUUGCGCCCCCGGCGCUUAUGCUUGUGCGCUUCUGUGCUAAAAAUACACGUGGCUCUUCUCAGAGACAUAUUUUCUCUGAAAAGAUUCAUCGUCUCGAACACCAAUUUUUGAUUGCUGAAAAGUCUACCAAUCCGUCGUUAUAAUGUGUUUGGAAUGUCUCCUUUUGUAAAACAUGAUGUUCUUGCGGGAUGCAGCAAGAAAUAAUUAUUGCAGACGGACAAUAUUGCAUGCAACAAUAAGUUACAAUAGCCCCCUACCUCUUGUAAAUUUUCUUGUAUUUUGCAAGAAAGUUAACAGAACGCAAAGAUAAGAGAAUUUUCAGAAUACCUUUUAUCUCGAUAUGUUAUCUUGUGCAAAGGGAUAUUUAUGCGCCGUUUUUAACUUUAUGCAUAAUUCUAGCUCUGACAUCAUGCACGCUCAGCGAAAGUUACAAAAAAAUAUACAAGAAAAGAUACAAGAAUUUUUGGAAUACGGAUUUCAUUGUAACUCUAAAGGUACAAGAAUAUUUCUCUUAAGACAAUUUUCAGAAUACGGCCCCUGGAUUGCAAGACAAUUACAUUUUGGUUGAUGGUCACGUAGGGCAUUUGCUUGGGUUCUGUACCAGCAAGUGUUAUUUUAGAUCACAAUGGGAUAGCACAAAGAACAAUAUGAGAUCACUUUCAUUUGAGUGAGAUGGUCCCACAAAAAUUUUAGUGUAAAAUUCAUUCAAUCUGUAACGAUAAUGCACAAAAUAAUGUAAUUUGAGUUAUUUUGUUGAUUGCAUCUUGAGUUUAAUGGUCAAAUGUCAAGUAAACUGAUCAUGACAUCUGUUCACCAUAAUUGACUGAAUCUUCUUGCAUUUCCAAAUUUAUAGUCUCUCCAAAGUAAACCGACUGAAUUCUGCAAAUCCACUGAAUUGUUUUUACAAUGUAUCUGUAGGUAAAGAUUACUUGCCACCAAAAUCGCUCUUUAUGGAAGCGCUGUGGUGUAGUGGUUCUGACUCUCGCCUUGUAAACAGAGGGUCGUUUGUUUGAAUCCCACCAUGGCCUAGCGUCCUUUGGCAAGGCGUCAAACUGCACUUUGCCACUCUCACCCAGGUGCUAAUUGGGUACCGGUAGGAAACAACCAUCAUUUUGGUUGGUUUAGCAAGUGUGCGCCUAACAGGCUGCUUGAAAUGCUAUGAAUCCAGUGACCGGGUAAUAAUAAUUGUGAAGCGCUUUGAGCAGUAGUAGAUUGAUAAAGCGCUAUAUAAAUGCCAAUUAUUAUUAUUAUUAUUAUGAAAAAGGCAUAUUAAUGUUUAUCCAUACAUGUAUUUAGGGAUCGAUCAAUAUUGAAUUCAUGACUUUGCGUUCGGUAAAUUCUUUGUUCUCAAAUCCAAAACAAAUCUUUUCAAUGGCAAUGUUUGACAAAGUGCACUUUAUGAUUCUUCCAAAUACUUUUAUUCCUGCUUUUGACUUGUAUCACAAAAUGUAGACCUAUUUGGCACAUGUGCACCGAUAAACGGUUGCCUGGCCAGGAUACUCCCCAGGGAGUGGAGAUGGUGCACUUAAUGUGUGGAACAGUGAUGGAUCCUAUGACUGGGGUAAUAAUAAUAAUUACAAUGUAAAGCACUUAGAAACCAAUGUAUGAAGCGUUAUAUUCUAUAUUUAUUAUUAUUUGGGGGUAGCUAAUAAAAAGCUGUAUGAUGUCAACCUUUUAUUCUUCGGAAACAGUCCCCUAAUCCCUGUAGAGGAAUCUUUUGAGGCAAAAGAAAGUUCUCACAUCUGUCAUAACUCAAAAAAUCGAGCUGUCCUCAAAGUUUUUAUUUUAUUUUUUGAGAUGCAAGGUUUUUGUAGUAGGGCAAUUCCAAGCAAAAGUGGACAUUUUCCAAAAAAUUAUAUUGGCUGUAUUUCAAAUCUGGAUCAAAUUUUUCUAUCAAAACUCAGAUGGAAUUUCAUAAAUACAAAAGGUGAACAUAAUUAGCCACAACAUUUUUUUCUUACGCAUCUCCUUAUAGGAGAAUCCAAACCAUACAAGAAAGUCUAUACAUGGGACUACAUAUAUUGUUUUUUACUUAAUUUCAAUUUAAAAGAAAACUAUUGCUUGAUUUGUAAAAUUUUCUUUUGGAUAAUCUGAAGGUCAUCAUUUUACAUCAUAUCAAACAAAAAUUUUAAAAUAUAAGUUCAUUUUACGUUACCUGUGCAUGGAUAUUUCUGAUGUCACUCUGUAACCGUCACUCCGUAAUCGGGUAUGGGUUUAUCUUUAAGUUGUAAUUAAUGAAAUAAUACACCAAUUUUUUAAUGUAAUGCAGCAUAAUAAAAGCUAGAACGACAUAGAAUCCAAUCAAUAAGUCAAAAUUAUGAUAGCAAUUCAAAGUUCACAGAUUUUGAGCAAUAUGUUUUCUCCUCAAAUAUGCAUGUCCAUUUUGCGUCACUCCGUAACGAUGUUUAUAAAUAUUCAUAUCUCAUUAAUUCAGUGGAUCAAAAUAACAAAUGUUAUUAUUUUGAAAAGAGGGUUUCAGCAACUUCUGUCAGGUACCAUUUCUUUGCAAAUAACUAUUCAAAUAUGGGUGAUAUCUUUGUUUGAACUUUGAAUGCAAAAAUAUUGUUUCUGAAUGUCACUCCGUUACCGUGGAACUGCCCAGUAGUGAAGACAUGUCUGCUUCUAUAAAAGUGCACCUUCAGUGAAUAACGUGAUUAUACUGUGAUGACGUGCUUUGAAAUAUUACCUAAUUUAUUCAAAGGAAAUAAAAGGCACUGUAUGCAAAAAUCUUGUCAACUUCAAACGUCAAAUUUUCAUUUUUUUUUGCUGUAGACUGAUUGAUCAUUUGUUAUGUGUAGCCAAUACUAUAGCAGCUAAGGUUCGGGCAACCUGGGAAUCAUACCAUGUAAGUUGUCAGCCUUGACACUUAACUUAACCCUAUAUUUGGCUGGAGGAGGGGGGGAUUUAGCCCCCUUAACAUUUUCACGAUCAAACUGUCACAUAAAAACGAUUGUGUCGCAAUGUUUCAGGAGUUUUACGCCUGGGUACAUGUACGCGGUACUUAAAAUACAAAAUAGUACAUGCCAAGUUGCUCAAAUACGUGUUUUCAUGUACAAAUCCGAUGGUAAUCAAUUUGUGGAUAUCAGAUAAUGUCAUAGCAAGAUUUUGGGUUCGUUAGGAAUUGAGGGCAGCUCGGAAAUCCACGGAACUACUAACUAAAUGUUUUGUCAGGUUUUGAUAUUAAAUCCUGCAUGUUAAAUUAAGUCCAGCCUCGUGAUAUGCUUACUGUAUAAGGUUCUCCUGGGGAGCGUUUCAUGAAAAGGACUUGUCCAACGUUAUCUCCGACAAGUCCUGUAUUAUCCGACACCUCCUAUUGGAGUUGUGCUUCUUAGCCAAAAGAAUUUAUUCCAAAUUAUUUUCUUAUUAUGUGUUAAAAAUUUAGUUAAUUUUAGUUCUUGUAAAUAAUUGUAUACACACUGUAUGAGUCUCCUGAACAUGAUUUUGUGAAUUUAUUUGUAAUAGAAUCAUAUGACAAUGUACAAA